GAAUGCCGAUCGUCGGUAGAUGCAUUAGGACUGGGUGUCGCGUCACGUGCUGACGCCGAGCUCAGGAAGGCGGAGCGUGCCGCUUGCCUGCGGAAGGGGUUGUGAGUAGAUAAGGCCAAUGUCAAGUCGCACGCUCCCCCCUAACUUCCGGUUGCUGAACCCUCACAUCUAGAGACGAAGAGGAGCGUUAGCGUUCUUCGUAUCUCCUGCUCGUUUGUUGUUAGCCAUUUUAGGGAGCUGGAAAGCACUUUCGUCAUCGUGUAAAAAGGGCCCUCAUUUUACAGGCCUGGAAACAGGUCUAAUAUACUGACCACAGCUGAUAUUUACAUAAUAUUUUAAGAUCGCAAAGUGCCCAACGUAUUUCCGUAUUUUAUAGGUGAAGACACUAAAGAGAGACUUAGCCAGGUUGUGACUUGCCUGGGUCCACCACAGAACUGAUUUUGAAUGAUACAGUUGUUUACGGUGAAGCAAGGUGAGAGGAAAUGACUGUUACAAAACAGAAGAUGAGCAAGAACAAAGAAGAUGCUCCCCAUGAGUUGGAAAGCCAGUUCAUAUUACGUCUACCUCCAGAUUAUGCUUCCACUGUGAGAAGGGCAAUACAGUCUGGAAGUGUCAAUCUGAAAGAUAAAUUGACCAUUGAAUUGCAUGCAGAUGGACGUCAUGGAAUUGUCCGGGUAGACCGAGCCCCUUUAGCUGCGAAGGUGGUAGACCUGCCCUGCGUUACUGAAUCCUUGAAAACUAUAGAUAAAAAAACCUUUUACAAGACAGCAGAUAUCUGCCAGAUGCUUGUGUGCAGUGAGGAUGGAGAUCUUUACCCACCUCCAGAAGAACCAGUUGCCAGUACUGAUCCAAAAGCAAGUAAGAAAAAAGAUAAGGACAGGGAGAGGAAAUUCAUCUGGAACCAUGGUAUUACUCUACCGCUAAAGAACGUCAGAAAGAGGAGAUUCCGUAAGACAGCCAAGAAGAAGUACAUUGAAUCGCCAGAUGUGGAAAAAGAAGUAAAGAGGCUUCUCAGUACAGAUGCAGAGGCUGUCAGUGCCCGAUGGGAGGUGAUUGCAGAAGAUGAAACAAAGGAAGCAGACAACCAGGUUUCCCUAGCAGGCCUAGAUAUUUCCUCUCCAGGAAUGAGUGGUCAUAAGCAGGGCCAUGGAUCUUCAGAACAUGAUGAGCUUCGGGAGAUAUUUAAUGAUAUUAGCAGCAGUAGUGAAGAGGAAGAUGAGAGAGAUCCUCAUGAUGAUGAAGAUAUAAACAUCCUUGACACUGAGGAAGACCUAGAGAGGCAACUACAAGACAAGCUUGAUGAAUCUGAUGAACAGCGCCAAGAAAACGAGAUGGUUGUGGGAAUUCAGAAGCAGAUUGAUAUAAUGAAAGGUAAACUUCAAGAAACUCAAGGGAGAGCAAAAAGACAGGAAGACCUUAUCAUCAAAGUAGAAAAUCUGGCACUCAAGACUCGUCUUCAGGCUGUGCUGGUUGAGCUCAAACAGCAGGAAGAACGAGAGAAACAACAGCUCAGUUCCUUGCAGGAACAGCUAGAAUCACUCCUGGAGAAAUAAGAGGCUCCUGCUUGCAAAUUCGCUAUUGUGCCAACAUUGGUAAAUGGCUCACAUUCCAUCCUUUGGGUUGAGGACAAUAUAGAUUGUUAAUACAGAAAUUUGACUAUUUACAUUUCAUCAUUUUUCUGUCGCGUAGUUUGAAUUCAUCCCAUUUCUCUGUAAUGGUGUUUAUUUUGCUAGAAUCUUACACACUAAUAAGUAGAAGGUGAUAGGUGAGAGAAGACUGGUUGUAGAAGAGUUUUGGGAUUAAUGAACUAAAUGGUUCAGCCCCUAUAAUUCCCACAUUUAUUCCAUUCUUUUCUUCCCAAUAUGAGAACUUACUAUCGCUUUGUGGUAAGAACCAAUUCAACUAUAAGGAGAUUUGAGGAUAGAUGCUGUAAAGCUUGUUUUGCAUAUAUUUUAGUUUCUCAACUGUUGUAGGUAACUCCUCUCAAUGUAGAGAAGAAAAUUAUAUAUAUACUGAUAGAUAACUGCCACAGAAAAUAAAAGUGGCAGCCAUUCUUGUCUAACAGAAGUAGUUUCCUACUGAGUAUUUGUCUCUCCAUUUUUUUACUUUGUUAAUGUUAAUAUUCAUGGGAUUAAUGAACAGUUAUUUCUAUGAUAUGUUGUAGACUCUUAUUAUAAGAGAGUGAUAGGCUGUUUGGCAACUGUUAAGGCUCCAUUUUGUAUCUCCCCUUCACAAUUGAUAAAAAUGUUAAUUCUUUUUUCUCGUAUUAUAUAUGUGUUUUUGUUUAACUCAGACUUACCUUGAAUUUAUUAUAAUAGGGUUCCAAGUUAAUUCUUCAUGCUGUGAUCCGGUUUUACCAGCUGUAUUAAAGAAUGAUUUGGCUCCCUAU